GUCCCGUCCCCGCCCUCCCCCGCCCGACACGCACCCGCCUUCGCCCCCGUCUCAGCGGAGCCGUCGGGGCCCGGGAACGGCCCGCGGAGCGCGGCGGGGAGCGGGCCCCCUCCCCCUUGGCCUGCCGUCCCCGCGCGGAGGAUGAGGAGCCCCCAGCGCCGAUCAAUAGAAAUAUGCAUUUCCAUAAUACCACCUUUGAACUAAUGAAGUGGAAGUACAGAUGAAAACAGUCUGGAGGAAACUUGAAGUACAAUACAGUUUCAUUCCGUUUCCUAAUUCAGAGGGAACAAAGGUGGAAAAGCUACAGAAGCAUCCUUGCAGUCAAGCACCAAAUCCUGUAUUAGGCUUCACCAAACAGACUGAGCUUAGCAUUUGUCAAGCAGAAGGGCGGUUGCCCUGCGCAGGAAGGAUUAAAAGUGAACAAUGACUCGGUUGAGACUUCAUGAGCAAUUGCUUGGAGCCUAUCUGAUUAUCAUUCUCCAUGUUCAAGGUCAAAAGCUAGACAGCAUGCUUCAUGGUACAGGAAUGAAGACAAAUUCUGACCAAAAGAAACAAGCAAAUGGAGUAACACUUGCUCCAGAGGACACCUUACCUUUUCUAAAAUGCUACUGCUCCGGACAUUGUCCAGAUGAUGCUGUUAACAACACAUGCAUAACUAAUGGGCAUUGCUUUGCUAUCAUUGAGGAGGAUGAACAUGGAGAACCCACGCUUGCUUCUGGCUGCAUGAAGUAUGAAGGUUCAGACUUCCAAUGCAAGGACUCACCUAAAGCGCAGUUACGUCGGACGAUUGAGUGCUGUCGUACUGAUUUCUGCAAUCAGGAUUUGCAACCAACAUUACCACCUCUUGAUAGUACAGAUGGACUUUUUGAUGGCAGCAUUCGUUGGAUGGCAGUGUUGAUUUCUAUGGCAGUCUGCAUAAUUGUCAUGGUCAUCUUAUUUAGCUGCUUUUGUUACAAGCAUUACUGUAAGUCAAUGGCAAAGAGGCACUGUUAUAAUCGUGACCUGGAACAAGAUGAAGCAUUUAUUCCAGCUGGGGAGUCUUUAAAAGACCUUAUUGAUCAGUCACAGAGUUCUGGGAGUGGAUCAGGACUACCACUGUUGGUUCAGCGCACUAUUGCCAAGCAAAUUCAGAUGGUGAGGCAAGUUGGAAAAGGACGAUAUGGUGAAGUGUGGAUGGGCAAAUGGAGGGGUGAAAAAGUGGCAGUCAAAGUGUUUUUCACCACAGAAGAAGCGAGCUGGUUCCGAGAAACAGAGAUUUACCAGACUGUUCUCAUGCGGCAUGAAAACAUCCUCGGUUUCAUAGCAGCAGAUAUUAAAGGCACUGGCUCCUGGACACAGCUUUACUUGAUCACAGAUUAUCAUGAAAAUGGCUCGUUGUAUGAUUUUCUGAAGUGCACUACGCUGGACAACAGGGCUCUGCUCAAACUGGCCUAUUCUGCUGCAUGUGGCCUGUGCCACCUGCACACAGAAAUCUAUGGGACACAAGGCAAGCCAGCGAUUGCACACAGGGACCUGAAGAGUAAAAACAUCCUGAUAAAGAAAAACGGAACCUGCUGCAUUGCAGACUUGGGUCUUGCAGUCAAGUUUAACAGUGACACAAAUGAAGUUGACGUUCCCUUGAACACUAGAGUGGGAACAAAACGUUACAUGGCUCCAGAAGUCCUGGAUGAAAGCCUGAACAAAAACCAUUUCCAGCCAUACAUCAUGGCUGACAUCUACAGUUUUGGGUUGAUCAUCUGGGAAAUGGCUCGGCGCUGUGUCACAGGAGGUAUUGUUGAAGAGUAUCAAUUGCCAUAUUAUGACAUGGUGCCAAAUGAUCCAUCCUAUGAGGACAUGAGAGAAGUGGUGUGUGUCAAACGCCUGCGCCCGGUAGUGUCAAACAGAUGGAACAGCGAUGAAUGUCUAAGAGCAAUAUUGAAGUUGAUGUCUGAGUGCUGGGCUCAUAAUCCUGCCUCCAGGCUCACUGCCUUGAGGAUCAAGAAGACACUUGCCAAGAUGGUAGAAUCACAAGACGUAAAGAUUUGACAUAGGAAAUUGACUUUGGAGAGUAAAGCUGGACUCCCUAGAUCUUUUCACUCAGAUGUGGGUGAAGAAGAUAAAAAUAGAGAAGAGGAAAUAACUGAGAUUCAGUAUAUUUUCUCAGCACACUUCUACAGGCUGCUAAUGAAAUCUUUCAGUACUUCAUAGACCAUGAUACUGAGAGCCUCUCUACACUACGUGCUACAUAUAUGGACAGCCUUGAGAAAAUACACAUUCUGUUUUGGUUUGAGCUGCAUUGAGACUUUAGUCAUACUUAGCGAGUCUCCAGUGAAACUCUGGGUACUGAAUUGAAUGUUCAGAUUACAGUGCUUUCUGUGAAAGCCUAACAAGCUAUAUGGAUUCAACAGAGAUGGAGAAUAUAAGCUUUUUUUUUUUUUUUUUGCCUUCUACCUGAUAAAACCUAGUCAAUCCAUACUAAGUUUUGGUGAAACAGCCUGUAGGUUACGAAUCUGUUUGUGAUACUACUCAGUUUAACAGUUCUUUAUGCCUUUAUGUGUGUGCCAGGAUUAUUUUGCUGUCAUUUGGAAUAUGUAAGAAAUCAUUUAAAUGAACAAAGUUUUAUGGUCAGGGCUCCGUGCAUUUUGUGGCUCCACAAUCAGAGAUUUGCUACAGAAUCUUUUGCCGUUAUCUUCAGAAAUCUCAGUUUUAUUUUUUUAUCUGUUUUUUUAUUUGUUCACAAGGAGAACUACAAAAAUGUGAACCAUUAAUUAAUUAAGGAAUGCCUAUCUAAAUCUGUAGGGAGCUUGAAACAAUCUCUUCUAGAGAUGUAGGCUGCCUUGGUCAUCUUACUUGCAGUCUAGAGAGAGCUCCAUAAUUGGAUCCUUGAAAUUUCUCGUAUUUUUUCACAGUGCCACAUGCAACCAGCAUUUUUGCCAUAGAAUACUUUACAUCUUAGCAGAGAGACCUUCCUGCUGUAUUGGGACUUGUUGAUAGGUGUCUGUCAUGCUCUGAACUUCUUCCCACAAAGGGAUUUGUCAGCUGUCGAAACGUGCUCUUUCAUCAUUUGACAAAACUAGGCAGAAGGUGAGUUUGGAAAGGCUUGAGAACAAGUCUGGUUUACAGACCCAAAAGAGGGAAGGCAGGAAGCUCUGGGUGCUCUCAAGAUUAGAAAAUGCAGUAAAGGUCAAGACCAGGAGCAGUGAGUACGUGUGGAUCAGAUCCACAGCAUGCAGAAGAUUUGGAGCUGGGUUACUCUGAUGUAGACACAGGAGGCCACAUCUGUGGGCCACUUAGUGGAAGUGAAGAUUUGAGACAAGGUAAACACUCAGUGGGUGUUGUAGAUUCUAGUUAAGUUUGGGAGGAAUGGCAUUGAAAUUAAUUUAAGAUAUACAGUAAGUUAGCACAAUUGCAAAAUUUGGUUUUAUUGUGCCAACUGUUUGACCUGCACAAGAAACUGAAGUUCCCCCAUUUUCACCACUGACCACACAAGUUGGUUAGAAGCCAGAACCCUCCACGAGGUUACUGUAAAGUAGAGUUAUUGAUUUAUAACUCCUUUGGCACUUCUACUUUGAAGUUAGAAAACAGUACCAUAACUCAAGUUGAAGCUUCAAAGCAUGAAUCGUCUGAAGGUUGAACACACAGUAUUGGAACCAUUGAAUCUAUUUGAUAAUUUAAGUGCCUAUAACUUUGUACUGUAAAUCCUGUUCUAGAUAACUUUAAAAAGGGAAGUUAUUUAUACAGUGUGUUUUGUGCUUUAGUGAAAAAAAACAAAACAAGAAGUGCCUAGUUCUAGGUACAUGUGUACAAUUAGAUACAUGCACACAAACACACGCCAUAGUUGAGAUUUGAAGAGAAAGGUUAAUAAUACCAAAAUUGAUGAAAAAUGUUAAAACUUCAGAUUGAUUUAUGCCAGAUUAUUUGUUGUCUUAAAAUAUUUACAUGGAAAUUGUUUUGAUGUGUUUAAAUUUCCCUUGAAAAUACAACUGAUAAAAAGCAAUGUAACACAGAAGUAAUGUGAUUUGUGAACAAUUACAGCCUUAUAGCAUGUUACUUUUUUGUUUUAAUCCUCUAGUUCCCAUAAUGUAAAUGGCAAAAGAUUGCAGUAUUUUUAUUUUCUAUUGUGAUGUACAGACUUUAUUUAACAGUUCUACAUAUUUUAUAGAAAACUAGCUAUUUUGAGGGACUUUUUUUUUUUUUUUUUUUUGUAAAUAAAGUCAUUACUGUUGUUUAGUAAUGCCUUUAAGUAUUAAUAUGUAUUCUGGCUGAGAAGUUCAUAGGUGUGUCAACUUUAACUUAUUUUAAAACAGCAAGAGAUAUAUGAUACUGUGCCACAAUCCUCAUGAUAAAGGGCUUUUUAAAAAAAGUUUCUCCGUCCAUUGCCAAGAAAGAUAUGAUAAUUUUGAAAUUGUAAUCAUGUCUUCGCACAUAAUUUUUGCACAGGUAGCUGGAAAAUUUUUGGUAUAAGCCGAAAUGUAAGGGAUAAACUUUUUUUUUUCCUUCUCAAGCAUUUUUAUCAAUAAGAAGGAAAAAAUGUUUAUGUAGGUACCCUGCUAGCUUAAACUUUCAAAGCAUGGAGAUCUGUCUAAAUUAACCCUGUCCUAUGCAGAAUAUUGUGUCAUUUCUUUUAGAAUUUGCCACAUCAUCAUUAGCUGUAAACAUGUUUUGUGAAUUUUUUUAGUUAAUUUUUCCCAAGUCUUCAGGAAGCCCCUUCUGGAAAUACGAAUUUCAGUAAUUUGUAUAUCUUCACUUACUUUAUUUUCCAUUGUUUAGGUAUUUGCAAGGUGGCAAUAGGUUGGUUAGACACCUUAGGACCUAAAUUAAUUUACACAUUUACUUCAACAUAGAGGGAGCAGACUGCUGCAAAGAUGAUUUUUUGAGAGGGAAAAACUUUUUUGCCUUAAACCUAAUUUAUCAGCACUUCAUUUACUCUGUUCAUACUCAGAUGUAUCAUACAUGUGUAGUUUUUGCUGUGCUGAAGAGGAGCUUCCUUGAUUCUUGAUUCCUUGAUAAGAAAAGAUUAAAGGGUAUCUAUACUGAUACUUAACCAUUUGGGGAAAAAAAUGUGCUCAAAGCCAGCCCAUUAAUUUUUACAUAUCUGAGCAUAAUUAAUGCAGACUCCAAAGGUAAGUUGUUGCUUCAUGCAAUCCUGUAGAGUUCAGAAGCCUUGAAGAUCAGAGAGUGUAAUAGGAUUCUUCUGUUGGACUGUGAUUAAUCUCAUUUUGGUGAUCAAAAUUUUAAGCAUUUCUCACCCAAAAGAAAAGUCCUCUAAAACUGACAAAUGUGUUUUCUUUUUUCUUUUUUUUCUUUUUAAAUACAAAAAUCAACUGUAUGGAAAACACCUUGGGGAGUAUCAAGACUGUGCCUUGGAAAUUCUUAACCACUCGCAUGGAGGGAUUUUUUUAAUGUUUAUUUAACAUGUUCCAUGUGAUUUUUAGACAGAAAUAAUUGGAGUUACUUAAUUCUUCUUGUUACAGCAACUAAAAGGAAAGUUUUUUGUGUUCCUGGUUAGCUUGUAAGUUCCACCAGAAAUGUGAUAUUCCUACAGAGAAAAUUAGGCUUACAUUCUGAGUUUAUUCUGAGUUUUACUUAGUGUAAUUUUUCCUCAAGAAACGGUUUUCCCAAUGUCCAUCACUUUUUCCCAAUUAUUUUCUUAAUUAGCCUUUUUUGGGGUUUUGAAUGAAAUGUAAAAUUAAUAUUUUAAGUUACCUCCAUAGUAGUCUAGAAUCAAAUUUUAGAUUUUUGAUCUAAAUGACCAUUUGAAUGUGUUUAUAAAACAAAUCAUUCGGAUGCAUUUCAUCUACUCUGUCUUAACAGACUGUAUUUUAAUGGUCUAAAAGUGUUUGAUGAGCAGAGAGAUAAAGUUAAAAAACUUUCUUUUGCUAUUGCAGAUAUUUUAAAGGGAAAUUACAUGCUUGUUGUCUGUGAAAUAUUAGAAUGAUUUAGCCUUUCCUCACUCUCCUGACAGUGCCUCUGAGUUAAGUCUUUAUCCUGUGCCCACAAUCUUUAUUCCAAGUAGGGGUGAUGUCUAAAAGCAGCUGGCAGUGUUGCACAGUGCAGUGCUUUAUGGAACCAUGGUGCUCAGCCUUGGUUGUACAGCAGAAGUAGAGGGCACAUUACUUCUGGUUUUUCGACAAAUCUAAUGUAAUUGUUGCUUUGUGAUAUUUUACUGUUUAAUGCAAUUAUAAAAGCCCACAUCAUGUAGUGACAUUUGUGCUCUGACAUGACAUGCCCAAAAUGAAAUGUACUAUAUUGUAUACAAGAAUAAUAAAUAACAUUGUAGUUAACCUAGAGAAGAUGUAAAUAAAAUAUGAAAGAAGAGUGGAACAAGACAAAUGGUCACACUCUAGUGUGUGUUAUAUGCCAGAAGUGUAGAAUACUACUUUAAAAAUGUAACACACUAAUGUAUUUUGUACAGCAUCUGCUUUAGAAGGUGCCUUAUUGAGUUUACCAUGAAUUGCUUGUUCUGUACACAGAUUAUGUCCAAUGUAUCAUUUUUAAGUAAAUAACCUUAUUUUAGUACACAUUAGUAAUGUGUUUUGUUACUUUAAGAUUUUGCCUUAAAAAUGUAAUGAUUUGGAAAUCAUAAUACUGUAACUAAAUAAGUCUCUACUUUUUCAUACCUCAUUCAUGUAUUUUUCCCCCCCACAAUCUCUGAGUAAGUUGUUAAUUACUGCUUUCAUUGUUCAAUGAUACUGAAAAUUAUUUGGUGCUAAGUUCAAGCUCUUUAUUCCUUGCACAAAACUUACAUUUGGGUGCAACAGUAAAAAACAGUGUUUCCUUCUUAUUUUUAUCCCUGUAUUACAGCAAAGCCAAAAGCAAGUCAAAAUCAAAUAAUACUUUCAUUUGAACAUACAUAAGUUUACUAUAUGUUGGUUUUAACCAUAUAAAUUUGCCUCAAGCUUAUCAGGUAACAAGAGAAAAAAUAAAAGGAUGGGGAAUUUUGUAAUUGCUUUUCGUUCCCUCCAUGUACAACAUUCUUUUUGUGUAUCCAAAUUAAGAGAUUUGAGUUUAAUAUGUGUAUGUACUGUUUGUUGCAAAAGUAUGCAGAUGCUUCUGUGUAUCCUGCUAAAUUUACUCUGGAUCAAGCAAAUGAGGGCCAGUCAAGGGGAUAUCUUACCUGUGAGUACUAUAAAGCAUCAGAAUUUGUUUUCUCAUUGCAGAAAUGUGUUGGCUUCUACUCUCAAUAGAGUUCACCUUUUGCUUACAAGGAGAAAGAAGUAAGAUGAGUUUCUGUUUUCUUUUUGCAUUUAAUUAGGUAUUAUCUUAAAUACAUAUUUUUUACAGUAGCUAGGAAAGUUUGGUAUCUGAACAUCAUAAAAACUGUUACUAGUACAUUAUAAACCUUGAUUUGUUUUCCUUGUAGAAUCAAGUGAUAAAUUCUUGCAGUAUAGUUCUGGAAAGUGCAGUGGAAAGAUUAGCGAUGUGGUUUCAAACCUUUCUUUCCUUAACAUAUAAUACCAGGAAAUUAGACUGCACAAAGAUUUGGUCUCCUUAAAUUAGUAUCUUGGCAAAGUAAACCUUUUUCCUAGGUUUGUGGCUAUUGUGGAAUGGAGUGUCCUCACUGGUUGCAGUGGUCAUGGUUGGAUUUAAAGCUGGGAUUUCAUGCUAGCAGGAGGACAUAAUGAAAAUUGUGGGGACGUGUUUGCACCUGUCCGUGUUUACAUGAGCUGCGGUUUCUCUCGGUGUUGUUUCAGGAAUCGGCCACAGGGUGCUGCUGUGCCCUAAAGAAAGGAUUUGGAAAUAAAUUGGGGACUUACGGGAUGUUAAAAUAAGUUCUACUGCCUGCUAGUAAUAAAUACCAGGAUGUUCUCCUUUAUAAAUCGAUGGGUUUGACCACUAUAUAAAAUAUGUUACUGAUGAACUUGUAUCAGUAUCUAACGUGUAAACACUAUAGAUGGAUGUUUUGUGGGCAUAUCAAAAAGCAAACUGAGCAGUUAGCAAACUGAAUCACAAGUUUUUAAAUAAAUAGCAGAAGUAUUACUAAAUUCAGAAAGGAUCAGAUUUAAUUCUAUUAAUUUCCUUAAUUCCUUCUGCAGUUUUAUCUUCCUUUUCCCAAAACACCACUUUGGUUUUUGUCACUGAUGUUGAUCAGUAUCAGUAGAUCAGUAUCAGCUGUGAAUCCAAGCCAUGAAAGCACCACUGCUGUGGGCUGAAAACCUCCUGAGUGUGCUUCAUGAGGAGACCUCCAUGGGAUUCAGACUCUGGCUUGAUGUGGAUGUUAUCUGCAAAAUUCAGGCAUUGCUGGAUCUAUAGAAAGUGAAAUUGUUUUUAUAUUAUACAGUUGGUACUUGAAAUUGGAGUACAGUAAGGAGAUUGUCUUAUUAAGGGAAAAGGAAAAAAAAACAUUUGGAGACUUUAAUUUUAAAAUGUACUCUAAGAUACUGACAUUCAUGAAGCAGCAGAUCAGUAACAAUAAUUCCGUGAAGGCACUAAGAUGCACAGCUUUCUACCUUACUACAAAGCUUAGUGGUUUGAUCUGGAAAUACAGAAACUUGAAUCAGUGGCAAUGUUUUCUGGCAGGUUUCUAGGACAUGUUAAUAGCUGUUGGAAGCUUUUGGUUUUAAAUAUGAGUGUCAGAUUGGCAUAGCUGUAUCCUGGAGUGAGCACACGUUUCUGUGCCUGUUGCUGCCUGGCCAUCAGGCACAUUAGUCCAGUCAGUCUGCUGUGAGGGAAACUGAAGCCCUUACAGACAACUCUUCCCAGUGCCUGUGGUCAGCUUCAGGUUCUUUUUCAUGUUUGGAAAUUCUCCUAAAUCCACUGAGCCAACCAAUAGCUGUAUUGUAAAUUAUCUUCAUUAAAUUCAUUCCGCUAGUUUGCCUGAAAAUGAAGGACAAAGUGAUGUGGCUGUGUUAAUCUAAUAAAAAAGCUCAAACCACCAUCCCACCAAAGAAAUGCAGGAGUGGUGCAGAUGGAGGCUUAUGAAAAAGCUGGUUUAUUGCUUUGAACAAACAAAACCACAGCCCAGUAGAUUAAUCAUCAUUCUCUUGUUGGUUGAGAAGGAAGUCAGUCUUCCUGGCUUAUGCAGCCAGCAGAGUGAUUUAACCCAUUGUCUUUCAUUAAUUUUUUGCCUCAUAGUCUAAAGAUUAGUAUUCUAGUCAAGUGUUUCUUCUUUGUAUGUGCAGAUGGCUAACUUAAGCACAUAUUUGAAGAUGUCUUUAAAUACAGAAACAUCUUUAAAUUAACGGUUUUUUUCACUCUGGAGUCAGUAUUCUCUGAACUCAUCUGGCAUAUUCUUCAACAAAAGUAAAUACUGGUAAGCACAAGGAAGGACACCAAAACUGUAGAAAUCCUGACUGGGUGAACUGCAAUGUUCUCUGCUACCUCCUGUGUCCAUCUCGAAGUGAUUUUCAUUCCAGUUGAAGCUUUCUGUCAGAACUUUAAGAACAGAGUGUUUUGAAAUAUAUAUGCAUAUCAUAUCCUCCAUAUGUAACAUUGGAACUUGGUUCGUAGGUGCAGAAUUGGUGUGCACUCAGGAUGAGAUUUCUUUGAACCACCCUGGCCUAGGCAGCACACUUGGUCUGGCUCUGCAGAAUGCUGCCACCACAGAAGUUAGGAAUUGGGGAAACACUGCUAAAAACCCAUCCGAGUCACCCCAGGAUGGUAGCUUUGUACUGAAAGAACCUAAUCUUAAAAUUUGAUGGUUUUCUUCAUUUCUCCUCUUCCAUUCUAUUCUUCUCUUUCUUCCCUCAGAUACUUUGAGCAAAAUUAGGACAUUGGCCAGGAGGAGAUAAGGAACACUUUUUGAUGUUAGUUUUCUUGGAUUUUUCAGGAUAGAGGAAAAUCUUAGCAAGUCUGAGCAAUCUCUUCAGCAAGUAGCUGAAAUUGCUUUAUAGCUUUAUUUCAAAAGAUAUGUAUUGUCUGCUUGUCAAACUGUAGCUUUAAGUGCAUUGUGUGUUGGUACCGAUGUCUUGGGGGUUUUUAACAAUUAGUGAUGAUUUAGUAUUGCGUAGAAUACGGUAGGUGGGGAGAAAAUUCUUAACAGCAGAAUAGAUUUGUUAAAAAAUGCUACCUUAAAAGGGUGCAAUCUUCAUAAAAAAUACUGGAAAUUCCAAAGGACAUUUCAUUUUGGCAAAUUUAAUUAAUAUUGCUUUGUAAGGUAUUAGGGUAGACAAAAAUACUUGAACUUCUUUAAAGUGAAAGUCUUUGGGAAGUUUUAUUUUACAGAAGAAAAGUUCGACAUGACCAGGCAUGGUCAUUUGAAGUUCUGGAAAUUCAAAAAACAAAAAAAAACCAAA